AUGCUUCGCGAUCGCCGGCGCUGGCUGUACGUCGGCCUCGGCGUGGCCCUGCGCGCUGCGCUCCUGGGCUGGGGCGAGUACCAGGACCGGCACAUGCCCCUGGCCUACACGGAUGUGGACUACACUGUGUACAAUGACGGGGCGCGGGCGCUGUGGACUGCCUGCCCCCUCUCCGAGACGGUCGAGUCGCCGCUGUACCACGACGAGGAGGACUUGUUCAGCGAGCCUGCCCUCGUGGGCCAUGUGCACUGCGCGCGGGGUAUCCUGCCCGUUGUGUCGCGCUUUGUGCUGAAGAACGACCCGACGCUCGACGAGCCGGUCGAGCAGUUUUUCUACAACAGCGAGUCGGUCUGGUCGCAGAUCGCCUCGGGGUGCUUUACGCUCACGCACCCCUUCUUCCGCUUCUUCGCGAGCCUGGGAGAUCCCUACGCACGCGAUACGUACCGGUACACGCCGCUGCUCGCGCUCCUCCUGGGCCCCGCACACGCGUGGGACGCCGUGUGGCCGCUGUUCGGCAAGGUGCUCUUCGCGCUCGCUGACGUCGCGUGCGCGCUGCUUAUGUGGGCCAUUCUCGACGAGCGUGCAGCGAUGCAUGCCCACGAGGCGCGCGCGCUCGCGAGUGCGUACACGACGCACCUCCCAGGGCUGCUGUGGCUGCUGAACCCGUUUCCCGCCCAAAUCGCGACGCGCGGCAGCGCAGACAGCCUCGUGGGCCUCUUGGUGCUCGCGUUCCUGUACCUGCUCAUCCGCGCGACGCCCGAGGUGGCGCUGGUCCAGGAGCCGCGCGUGCAGGAGCUGCCCCCGCCGCACGACCCGAGCGAGCUGCGCGUCGCGAGCCAGGCGUGCUGGUGCGGUGCGGCAUUCUGCCUCGCGCUGGCGGUUCAUCUCAAGCUAUACCCGGUCAUCUACGGCGCCAGCGUGCUCGCGCACCUGGCCAAGUACCGCUACCACGCCCUGCGGCUCCUGUGCGGCAUUGCCAGGCCACAGCGCCGCGACGUGCUGUGGCUCGGCACCGAGUUCGCAGCACUAUGUGCGGUCAUGUACCUGCUCAUGAACGUGGUCGUGUGGCUUGUGUGGGGCGAGCCGUUCCUGCGGCAUGCGCUCCUGUACCAUGUGAUGCGCCAGGACCACCGCCACAACUUUAGCGUGUACUUCCUGCCCACCUACCUCGCGUGGGACUGGGAUACGCACGCGUCGUGGGUGCGCACACUCGCUGCAUCGCCGCUCGCCAGUUUCGUGCCGCAGAUGGUCGCUGUCGCGCUCGCGGGCUUUGGGCUCGGAGGCCGCGAUCUCGUGAUGGCGUGCGCGGUGCAGACCGUGGUCUUUGUGGCGUGGAACAAGGUCUACACGAGCCAGGUCGGCGCGCUCAUCGCGCUCUGGGCCGGCGCGCAGGCCGUGUGGCUGGCACUCGCCUACCGCCUCGAAUUCAUGGCUCAAAACACAUUCGUCUACCUAUGGCUCGCUAGUCUGGGGCUUUUGUUCGUGCAUGUGGUGGUGGCCCGGCAAAAGGCCGAGUAG